GCAGAGUGUGGCAUCCAGGGUGUCAAAAUUCUGGAGAAUCCCAAAGAGGGCCUUGUGGGCAUCAAGGAGUUCCCGUGGGUAGUGUCACUGCAGGACCCCCAGUACACUCACCUGGCUUUCGGCUGCAUCCUCAGCGAGUUCUGGAUUCUCAGCAUUGCCUCUGUCUUUCAGGACAGGAAGGAGGCGGUGGCUAUCGUGGGCAUCUCCCGGAUGGAUUCCAGAGAGAUUUCACACGAGGAGUAUCCAGUGAACUUAAUCAUCAUCCAUGAGGACUUCAAUAACAGCACAAUGAACAACAAUAUUGCCCUCCUGAAGACCGACACAGCCAUGACCUUCACCAACCUCAUUCACCCCAUCUGCUUCCUCAACAAAGUGACGGUCAUGGCACCUACCCUGAGGAACUGCUGGGUGGCAGGAUGGAACCCCACGACUGCAACAGGAAAUCACAUGACGAUGAGUAUCCUGAGGAGAAUCUUCGUGAAAGACAUGGAGCAGUGUCCCUUAAAUAGGCCCCCAAAACUGGGGUGUGGCAAUCACAUGGAACAAGAAACCAGUUCUGUCUGCUUGGGUGAUGCAGGAAACCCAAUGAUGUGUCAGCUGCAGGAUCUAGACCUGUGGGUACUACAAGGGUUGCUGGCCACGGGUGGGGAGAGGUGCCCCGGCCUCUUCCUCUACAUCAAGAUCGAUGAAUACAGCACCUGGAUCGCAGCCAAGACCAAGGGGAUGACCCCUGCCCUGGCAUCAUCCUUUCACAGCUGGGACAGUAUGAUUUCUUUCUCCAGCUCACCACAAACCCCUGUGACCCAGAGAAGUCCUCCUGGGCCAGCCCGGGUGAUAGGGUCCCAAAUGUACUUCCAAGAUCAGAAAGGCACCACCAAGUCCUGGCCAGAAAGCAACUCUCAUAGGAACCUCAGGGAUGGAGAGAGGAAUUUGAAGAUGGCCUUCCAGCCCAUGUACUAUGACUACUAUGGAGGAGAGGAGGGGAAUGUGUGGUCUGCCUCCGGUCAGAACAGGUUCCAUUGGCACCGAGAGGUUCUCUUGAUUUGCUCUGGGCUUGUUUUCUUUUGCGCUGGUAUCUAG